AGGCAUAAUCGCACUUGCUCACCUCAAGGGUUUACCUGUUACCUGUGUGACACCUCGCAAUGACAACAGGGCCCAGCGGAAAGAGGCCACGUAAAGGGAGUUUUUGGAUGAUACCUUAGCAAACAAUCUGUAAAAAAAGUUUUGUUUUUUUUCUUUCCUCGAGCGUGUCAUCUUUUUUUUAAUGCUUCUCGUCAUUUGGGAGUUCCUGUGGAGUUACCUGGGCUGUGAUCGACCGGAAAAUAAGAGAAGAGAGUUAUUCAUCAGCUCCACAGAUCGGUGCAUGAAACAAUGAGUCGGAGAACGAGACGCUGGAUUUUACGAGUUUUACUUUGUCUGGGAAUUGUUUAUUUGAAAAUUGGUGGCUUCUCGUCGGUGGUGGCCCUCGGUGCGAGCAUCAUCUGUAACAAGAUCCCCGGUUUGGCCCCCAGACAGCGGAUCAUCUGCCAGAGUCGACCCGAUGCCAUCAUCGUCAUCGGAGAGGGAGCCCAAAUGGGCAUCAACGAGUGUCAGUUUCAGUUCAAAAACGGUCGCUGGAACUGCUCUGCACUCGGAGAGAGGACAGUCUUCGGAAAAGAGUUGAAAGUGGGCAGUAAAGAGGCUGCGUUCACCUACGCCAUCAUUGCAGCGGGGGUGGCCCAUGCCAUCACAGCCGCCUGUACGCAGGGCAACCUGAGUGACUGUAGCUGCGACAAGGAGAAGCAGGGUUUCUACAGCAAAGACCAGGGCUGGAAGUGGGGAGGCUGCUCGGCAGACAUCAGCUACGGCCUGGGCUUCUCCAAAGUAUUUAUCGACGCUCGGGAAGUUAAGCAGAAUGCAAGGACACUCAUGAACCUCCAUAAUAAUGAGGUGGGACGCAAGGUCCUGGAGAAGAGCAUGCGACUGGAAUGCAAGUGUCAUGGCGUCUCGGGCUCCUGCACCACCAAAACCUGCUGGACUACACUUCCCAAGUUCCGCGAGCUCGGCUACAUUCUCAAGGAGAAGUAUGCCCACGCCGUGCAUGUGGAGCCAAUCAAAGCCAGCCGCAACAAGCGCCCGAAAUUCCUCAAGAUCAAGAAGCCUUACUCUUACCGGAAGCCCAUGGAUACAGACCUGGUGUACAUAGACAAGUCGCCCAACUACUGCGAGGCGGACCUCGUGACGGGGAGCUUGGGCACACAGGGCCGAGUGUGCAACAAGACUAUGAUGCAGCACAUCAGCGGCUGCGACCUGAUGUGCUGCGGCCGGGGAUACAACACACACCAGUACUCCCGCGUCUGGCAGUGCAACUGCAAGUUCCUGUGGUGCUGCUACGUGAAAUGCAACACCUGCAGCGAGAGGACAGAGGUGUACACAUGCAAAUGAGAAUAUUUAUUGGAUGGUGUGUGUGUGAGAGCGUGUUGGUUCAUGUCUUUGUGUUUUCAUGGACAAACUGGAACUGUUAAACCUCACAAAUAAGGCUGUUAUUGCAGUCUUUUCAUACAUAAUGAGGAACUACUGUACUGCGCGUACAGUAAGCUGAAGACGGGGCGUCAUGGUUCUUUUGCACACAAAGCUCUUCACCCCCUCUUCUUGGACUGGUGUGUUUGUCGGGGUGCAAUGUCGAAAAAAAGUGUGACUAAGGGAAAAACUGUACCCUGGCAAGUGGGACCGGGGACCCACGGCGUGAGCCAGUGAUGCAAAAAAUUUCAAGACUUUUAAGCUAUACGGACAUUUAGGAAAUGGACUUUGCCAAUGCAAAUGAAUUAUGGUGGAUGUGAUUGCUGGGCAGGACACACUGCUGUAGUUCUCACUCUGUACGCAGAUGAAAUGACACAGCCAUUUGGAAUAUUUAACAUGCUGUAUUUAGAGAAUGAAAAUAAUUAAUAUUAAUUUAUUCUAUAAGAAAGAAAACUACUGAUUUUUUCCGUUAUGGAUCAAAAAUAACUAAAUGUUGGGGUUUAGUUUAUUGAAUCAAUCCACACACUUGUUAACACACUGGAUUUGAAUCCGCCUGGAAUAAUAAUGUGUUUUUAGAAUAACGUUGUUCCAGAUGAAACUGCUGUAGGCUACUCACAUUGACCUCCUGACCCUCUCAUGAGUUCGCCUUCCCUCUGUUUGCUGCUAGUCUAGAGAUGUUGAGGUCGAAGGCUGUACGCUCUACUGACUGCCUUCAAUGGCAUUGCUUACUUCAAGCUGAUUUAGUUCAACAGGACUCGUUCACUGAUCAAAAAAACAGGCACAUUUUCCACUUUUGGUAAAUAUUGGUUCAUAGAGUAUAUUUUGUAAAAGCCUAUUUUUAUAUGAAUGUCUUAUUUAUAUCUUUUUUGCAUAUUCAAUGUCAAGCUCGGACACCUGUUUUUAAAUCCCUGUGGAAAAAAAGCUGAUAUAUGUGUAAGUUGGCCCCUGCUGUCACUGCCAUAGUUGUAUAUUGUAAGUGAUAGGAACUGUUUAUUUGUGUCUGUGUUCAAACAAAUGUGUUUACUGCGUUUCAUGACUACUACUGAUGGAAUACAGGAACAGAAUAACACUAA